GUUACAGCAGGAGUCAGAUGGCGGACGGGUGUGCAGACAGCAUGCAGUCAGUUAACCUCCUUGAGAAGAACUUGAAAAAAAUCCAGGACCACUUAUCCCUUCUAGACAAGCUUCAGAUGAAGGUGACAGAUGUUUGUGUGGGGUGUGAGGAGACCCGCCGUGACAUGGAGGCCGAGGAGGAGAGGCUGGCGGAGCUGGAAGCCCAGCUGAAGAUCCAGGAUGACACGUUGGACGAGGAGGAGGAUGACGAGGAGGAGGAGGAGGAUGACGAUGACGACGAUGAGAAGGAGAAUGGUAUACUGGAGACGGUCAGGACCAACAUAGCUCAGCUGAGGGUAAAGAUAGAAGCCAUGUCCCAGGAGGCAACUGAGCUGGCGGCCGAUUUGACCAGGUGUGCCCAGCAGAAGAUGGUCUUGGCAGCAGGCCUUGAGGAGGUCCUGAAGGGCAAGCAAGGUGCCCAUCAGCGGCAGGCCGAGCCCCUUUCCUGUGACCAGAAAGCAAAGCGCCUGAAAGAGGAUGGAGGAGAAGGAGACCAGGAGGUGCCAGCCCCGUCUCUACCGCUGCAAGAGGAGGCGGCUGGUGACCUCGGAGCAGAGGACCCUUCUCUCCAGGAAGAGGCUGACAUCGGAGCCCUCCAGACCAGCUGCUCACCCCUUACUGAACAACACCCAAUCCUGGCAACAGUGGGGCUGGGUUGUCGUGCCACUGAGGAGGAGGAGGAGCUGGACUUAACAAGCAGUUGACCUCAAAUGAGCUUCCAAAUGCUGGGGUUGGUGGGGUGAGACGAAUUGUGCUUUACACACAAUUGGGAGACUUGGACUGAUACCUUUGGGGCAAAAGUGUUUGUUGAUUUACUUGGGAAGUUGCCACAGAGAAGAGAGUGGCCAGAAUCCAGGACGAAAAGGCUCCAGCAACUUUUAAUUCCUCUCCAUCCCUCCGCCAACAUCCCCUCCCAAGAAUUAACGCUGACCUAUGACCUCCCCCACCACCACCACCAUUGACCAAAAGUUGUCUUCAAUUAAGUGUGGUGCAACUGUGGACUGGCUGCUUGUAAGUUGUUUUCCAGUGUGCCACGUACGUGUUUUUUGUUUUUCUGGGGAGAGAGACCCCAGUUGGAAUUCUCUGCAAGCCUUUUUAACAGGAAAAUAAUCCUGCCGGUUUUCUCUGUGCCAGACAUUCUUUCUUCCCUUCUAGUCCGUCACAGCUGAUCAACGGGAGGCAAUAGGGCAGAUCUCCAAGCAGAAAAGGGUCUGUGCUUUCAGGAUCCCAGAGACUCUCAACAAUUUUAGCACAGUCCCACAGUCAGGGCAUUUCUGCCUAGGAAGGAUUGCAGUGCAAACAGCUGCCUGCCUUUAAAAAACAAAAACAAAAACUUGUGCUUUGUUUUGAAGUGCAUCUUUCUCUUUUAUCGACAAAUGCACUGUUUGCAUAGCGAUUUUCCUUCUGCUGAAUAUUUUUCUCCCAGUUUGGAAGUGGUUUAGUGCCCGAGCUCCAGUUCCCUUCUUGAGAUCCUCCUCUUCCUCCUAAGACUUUGUUUUUGGACAGCCUCUGGUUUUGUACGGAGUGGCCUUAUUUUUAAAUGUGUCCUGCUAUGUACAAUGAUCCUGCUUUAAAACGUGUUUCAUCCC